GAGAAGCUGGUCCAGGGCUCUCCCUGCCGUCUGGCCCAUCAUCUACACUCAGCUGUCAGGAGGUCUAAGGAGAGUGAAGAGCAGGUCAGUCCUGAGUUGAAGCCUGCUCAGUCCCCGGAGGUGACAUAAGCCACCGGUACUGGACAUACAUGGAAUGAUUUGUGACUCAUGCUUCCAGAAGCUGAUUGGCGUCUGACUCACCAUGACAUCCACAGAACUCACAAGCCUUAUUCCUGGCAUGUUUGAUGACUACAACUAUGACUCCACUGCUUCCACAGAUGACUACAUGAAUUUGAAUUUCAGUAGCUUCUUCUGUAAGAAAAACAAUGUCAGGCAGUUUGCGAGCCAUUUCCUUCCACCUCUGUACUGGCUUGUAUUCAUUGUGGGCACCCUGGGUAACAGCCUGGUCAUCCUUGUCUACUGGUAUUGCACAAGAGUGAAGACCAUGACUGACAUGUUCCUUUUGAAUUUGGCCAUUGCUGAUUUGCUCUUUCUUGCCACUCUUCCCUUCUGGGCCAUUGCCGCUGCUGGUGAGUGGAUGUUCCAGACCUUCAUGUGCAAGGUUGUGAACAGCAUGUACAAGAUGAACUUCUACAGCUGUGUGCUUCUCAUCAUGUGUAUCAGUGUGGACAGAUAUAUUGCCAUUGUACAGGCCAUGAAGGCUCAGGUCUGGAGGCAGAAAAGGCUGCUGUACAGCAAGAUGGUCUGCAUUACCAUCUGGGUGAUGGCAGCUGUGCUCUGCACCCCAGAAAUCCUUUACAGUCAAAUCAGUGGGGAAUCUGGCAUUGCCAUAUGUACCAUGGUCUACCCUAAGGAUAAGAAUGCCAAGCUAAAGUCAGCUGUCUUGAUCCUGAAGGUCACCUUGGGGUUUUUCCUCCCCUUCAUGGUCAUGGCCUUCUGCUACACCAUCAUCAUUCAUACCUUGGUACAGGCCAAGAAGUCAUCCAAGCACAAGGCCCUCAAGGUGACCAUCACUGUUCUCACUGUUUUCAUUGUGUCUCAGUUCCCCUACAACUGCAUUCUUGUAGUGCAGGCUGUCGAUGCCUACACCAUGUUUAUCUCCAACUGUGCUAUUUCCACCAACAUUGACAUCUGCUUCCAGGUUACUCAGACUAUUGCAUUCUUCCACAGUUGUCUGAACCCAGUUCUCUAUGUUUUUGUGGGUGAGAGAUUCCGGAGGGAUCUGGUGAAGACCCUGAAGAACCUGGGAUGCAUUAGCCAGGCCCAGUGGGUUUCAUUCACAAGGAGAGAGGGUAGCUUGAAGCUUUCUUCUAUGCUACUGGAGACAACUUCGGGGGCUCUCUCCCUCUGAGAGAACUCACAGGGCAUUUGGUUCUUUUUGGAAAUAACAAGAUAUGUGGAUACAACAUAGUGUAAAGAGACAGCAAAUAGUAAGAAAACUGGGGGGUGGGGGGAGCAGGAAAAAACAAAACAAACAAUCUGGGAUGAGCCUAAACAACUUUAUCAUGCUCAGUCAAUCUGCCAAAGUCUCCCAAACCCACCACUGCAGAAGGGCACCAGCUGGUGUUUAGUUAUGGUCACUUCAGUUCUGAAGAGAAUACUUGAGCAGCCGUGAGGACACCCCAGCCUUGGACAUGCUCAUCAGGGCAGCUGGGGUUUGGAGGCACUGAGUUCCUUCAGUGCUCCAAGUUUCUUUUACCUCAGAUCUGAUGCUACUCCUCUCCAGAGGUGACAGAGCACUGGCCACCACCGUGUUGGCCCCCGGCCC